GUAUAGGUGGAGCAGAGUGUCUGGUGGUGGAUGCAGCUGUAGCUCUGCGCUCUCGUGGAUGCGGCGUUCAGAUCUGGACGGCACACUAUGACCCCCAGCACUGCUUCUCUGAGACGCUUUCACCUGACCUGCCCAUGGUUUCAGCAUGUAUCCCCUUUUUGCAUUUGGCACGCCACAGAAAAAAAGUCCUAUUCUACUGUCAUUUUCCUGACCAACUACUUGCUCAGCGUCGCUCUGCUCUAAAGCGCAUAUAUCGCGCCCCCAUCGACUGGUUCGAGGAACUGACCACAGGUAUGGUCGACCGCAUUUUGGUCAACAGCCAGUUCACUGCAGCAGUCUUCAAACAGACAUUCCCCAAACUGGCUGAGAUUCAAACCGACAUCCUUUAUCCCUCUCUAAACUCGUCAGUUUUCGAUGUUGAAGUAGAGGGCCUCAGCGAGCUACUCCCUGGGGGACGGAGCCUCAUCUUUCUGUCAAUCAACCGCUAUGAAUGCAAAAAGAACUUGCCACUGGCUCUACAAACGUUAGCAGCCCCGAAGGAGCAUCUGUCCGCGGGGGAAUGGGAGCAUGUGCAUCUUGUGAUGGCAGGGGGUUACGAUGAGCGUGUGGUUGAGAAUGUAGAGCACUAUGAAGAACUGCACUUACUAGCAACCUCUCUUGGCCUGGAUGACCACAUCACCUUCCUGCGGUCCUUCUCAGAUAAACAAAAACUGUCUUUGCUGUACAGCAGCACUUGUGUACUGUACACUCCAAACAAUGAACGUUUUGGCAUUGUACCCAUUGAGGCCAUGUACUCCCGUUGCCCAGUUAUUGCUGUAAACUCAGGUGGACCGCUAGAGUCUGUGGCCCAUGACAAAACAGGCUUCCUUUGUGAACCCACCCCUGAGUGCUUCUCCGAAGCCAUGCAAAAGUUUGUUACAGACCCUAAGCUCAAGCAGCAUAUGGGACAGGCUGGAAGAGAGCGGGUACAGCAGCACUUUUCGCUACAGGCCUUCACCGAGGAGCUUUACAGUCACAUCAUAAACCUUACCCAAUAACCAAUUAUGACAAAAUAAAGGCCAUUUCGCUUCGGACCAGCACACAGAUGCAUUCUACCAGUCUGGUUGCCAUGGGGGGACUAAUGAAAGCAUGUCCUCUAUGAUGAAAGAAAAGAGCAGUGGGAGUUAACAUGGCUUAAAAGUUCAAUACAAGCCUUGAAGAAUGUGGAGCACUCGUCUGACUGAGAGGUUAAUGAAUUAUCGUACACUAGCCACAUUGAUCAAGCAUAUCAGUGCAUGGCCUGAGUCCAUAUAUGUAUGUGGGGUUUUUUUUUAUGCCAAAGCCUAUUAGAGAGUUUCUCAGGCAGAAAUCAAUAGAGAAGUUUUCUGUGCCCUGCUCUGUUCGCCAGUGUCUCUGCUUUUGUUUAGUGAUAACAAUGGAGGAAGCUUAGAGUCUUAAACUAAAGAUGCUCAUAACAAGUUUGUAUGAAUAGAAAAACAACAAGUUUUCCUGGAACACUGAAGGUCAUAUGCUGUAUUGGGUUUGAGGUUGUUACUGAUGAUGCUUGAUGCUAUUGAUACAAGACCCACGCCCUGAUUAAAUGAGAUGCUGCAUCUUG